GCUUUCUUCUGCUCUGCUCAGCCCUGCUCUGCCAAUUCAGCUCUGCCUGCUCUUUCUGCUGCUGCCGCUGACAGCCAGCCUCAGUCGAUCUUGUCCGUGUCCGCAUCCGCAUCCUGCCCACUGGCUUCAUCAGUCCGUCGUCCUGCUCGUUCGGCCACCAAAUAAAAGCCCGCCGCCCACCCCCUGCUCUCGGCCUCCGGAUCGACGUUUUCAUACCCGCACCGCCUCCAGACCGACAGCCCGCCUCGCUCUCCCUGGUUCGUCUCAAGUUUGCCUCUCGGCACUUUCAGCAUGCUGUCAUCCCACGCCUCUCCUCGCUCCCCUCGAGCACAUCGCUUCCAGGGGUUGCCUCUGUCGCCUCUGGCCACCACCACCGAGGCCCUGCUGAGCGACAUCGAUGCCGCCAUCAACGACUUGGCCGUCGAGGCCGAGGAUAUGCGCUCCCCUCUCGACCGCCCCGCUGCCCUGUCGACGGCGGCGCCGCCGAGCCCUAUCGAGUCCCGCCGGGUCCUGGAAUCCCAGGGCCAUCCGCGGCCCAGCCGCCGGCCUUACAUCGGUCCGGUCGUUUCGUCCAUCAUUGGCUCUGGCGAUUACUGGGGCUACCUCCAGCGCGCUCGUCCGCACUCCGACCCCAUCGUCACCCACAAGCUCUUCUUCCUCCUGCAAAACUACACCCUCUACGUCUACAAGCAGUACCACCCAAACGUCUCUGCCAUCGACCACAUGGAGCUCACCGCCUUCUCGACCGCCGAGGUCGGCCACGCUGGGCUGUGGGUCGUUGACCUGUCGGAGGAUGGCCGUCCCGAGCCUCUCACCCCGCUUUCCCCCCGAUUCGAGCGGCUGCCGUCCAAGCGGAUAUGGUCGCUCCACUGCACCAACCGCGAUGAGAUGCUGGCCUGGCUCGAGGUCUUUCGCUCGGCCAUCUCCCGGCUGCAGAACGGCGCCGAGCCCAUUCGCCAUCCGUCGCCCCAGCCGUCACCCCAGCCAUCCCUGGCCCUUGGUCGCUCACGCUCGCUCUCGGACCGACCUAGAGCCCGCGACUCGCAGAGCCCGCACUCCCCGCAGUCGCCGAGCCGACCACCGCUACCGGAUAUGCUGAGGCAUCCCUCCAACACCUCCGACAGCCUUGAGGCCUUCCGGGUUGGCGGCGCGCGGCGGCCCUCCAAUGCCUCGACAGACCUCAGUUCCGGAGGCGAUCCUGCCACGCCGGUUCGCCGCACCCCGCCCCUGGGCUCGCUCGAUGCCCGCGGCCAUCGCCGGACAGGCUCCUCGGCCUCCAACUCGGGUGCCUACUCAACCAUGCGCUCGGUGCCGGGCGCUGCCUUUCCUGUCUCUCCUGCCAUGGCCGAGGGGCUUCCGCACCCAGGCGGAUCUCCUGCAUCGUCAUUCUCGGGCUCCGUUCAGGUGCCGACCAUGGCUGGUUCGUACACCGAGAGCAACACUCACAUGGACCAUGUCCGCAACUCGGUGCAGCCUCGCCCACAGCGCGGCAGCUCGCUGGACAUACCCCGUCCCGGUGUUCCUGUCGACAUCCAGGACGGACGUCGUCUGCAACAGGUUCGCAUCAAGGACAACAUCUUUGCCGGAAAGAGCCGAACAACAACAAAGCCCCCGAUGAUCAGCAUCCUCAACAUGACCUCGUUGACAACCGGUGCACUCUGAGGCACCGCGGUCUCGUCCUCUGCGAUCUCGUCCUCCGCAAUCCCGUCCUCCGCAAUCUCGUCCUCCGUGGUCUCGUCCUCCGCGGACUUUCACCUUCCCCUUUUUGCUCUCUGGGAUAUUAUUCUGUCGAUCGUGCUUUGCUUCCUCUCCAGCCUGGGCAUCUUGGUGUUGCCUGGCGCCUCUCCUUGCCAUUGCUCUGCUUGUUUUGGGGCUCUCUUGAUUUUGUGUAUUGCUUUGACCUGGACUGCAGUCUCGGUUUCGGCCUGCAGUCUCGGCCUGCAGUCUCGGUCUGCAGUCUCGGAUAGCGCACCAAGCCAGGCUUUUUUUUUUUUUGUCUGUGCAGCGCUAUUGUUCCUGCGCCUAAUCCUGGAUUAUUCGGGGCUCGCUUUCUGGUGGAUUUCGUUCUUGUCUAUAUUUAUUGCGCAUCCAGCUUCCAUCGUUCCUCUUUGAAUGGAAUAUAUGCACUGCUAUGCAUCCGGACAA